CUCGCGCACUGUGCGUCAACGACUGACUCGCCGCCGCGCGAACCGCCCAUGAGUGACUGCGAAGAAAGACGUGCACUCGCUUCCCAAGUAGAAUAGACAGUCACGAUGACGUCAAAAUGACAAGAUAAUGAUCGAAUCAUGAUUGAAAAGACCUUCAGCGGGGAUCUUCUUUUCUUCAUAAUAGACAUGCGGCGAUUGACUUGCGAAUGCUAACGACUGCGGAAAACUGGGAAAUUGGACUGCUAAAAUAUCUAUGGGAAUAUUCACAGAGCGGACGAACGUGCCCUGAGAAUAUCCACAGCUCCUGAGAAUCUUGAUUCGAAAAAAUACUAUCAAAAAAAUUGUUGAAAACAAAUAGGUGUUGAAAAUUGUAUAGAAGUAUAGAAGGAAUAUCGAUCUUUUCUUUGACAAUAAUUCUCUGACGAAGGGAAAUUAUAUGAAGAUCAUGUUAUUCGUUUGUAUUCGUAGACUUAUUAUGAAGGAAAGCAGCUUCAGGUAUCAAGACGUAUACGUCACUGAUGCCACGAUGUUGAACGGAACAUGCGCGAAAUUAAGCAAUAUGAGAGAACAAUUGCGGGAAAAUAUGGAUUGGGAGAUUUUCUUCGAAAAGUACACGUUGUCAGAAGAAACCGCAACGAGACUCGAAUCUAUGAAGGAAAAAAUGCAGAAUAAUAUCGCCCAGGCUAAUCCGAUGUGGAAGGUGAUUACAGGAGAGAGCGAAGAAAAAAUGUCCUCAGAAGAUAGUGAAGAUAGUGAUAAUGAUGAUGACAAAGAGAACGGUAGUAAUGUUCAGAUGCCAUUCAGUCAGUCAACGCUAGAACCAUCUACUCAGUUUUAUUUCACUCAAGUUGAACGAACUGUACAACCUAUAGUAACUGCAGAAAAAUCUGCAACUGCACCAUUGCAAAAGUGUGAUAUAUUAGAGUCUCUUUGUGAAAGUUUAGAAAGAAAUAAUGGAAAAUUAGAUUUUGCCCAAUUGAAAAAUCUUCCUGACGAGGAUAUUGUCCCACUAGUGGAUGAGCUGUCUAAAAAAUCAAGUUCUAAGGGCAUUUAUAAUAUAUGUCAGUCAAUGAAUGACAUGACUAUUGAGGAGAAAAUGAAAUAUCUCAAUAUUUUGUGCACACAUUUGUUACUACCAAAGAUUAUUCAGUUGGAAGAACCAUCUCGUUUACUGUCAUCCGCGAUCGGUGAAUGUGUUAAAAAAUUUCCCAAUGAGAUACAGCAGUUCAUAUUUGUACCUGUUCUCAAUGCUGAAUUGAAAGACACAACAUUAAUUUCUACUAUUGUAAACACAUUUGAACAAGGAAAAAAAAGGGUGCUCUUAGAAGAGUUCCUUACAUUCGUCGAGGAACUGAAGCCAUGGCAUAUAACUGUUUUGCAAAAUUUCUUAUCUAUAAAGCUCGACCAUGACAUGAUUAGCAAAGUUAUAAAACUAUUCUCAGAAAAGGCACUUUGCUACUCCAAAGAUAAGAACUUCGGGAAACUCAUACUGUCGUUUUUAAAAAUUAAUACAAUACUCUCUGAAGAGCAAAAAAAUUUAAUGCUCGAGAUAGCCGCCAUAAAUGAAACAUUAUUCAAAAAAGCCAUAGAAAGUAUCUUACGGAAUAUAUAAUUUUAAAUCAUAUAAUUUUAAAAUAUAUAAAU